AUGACUAAGCCUCAUAUCGUGCUGGUCCCUGGGUCGGUACACACUCCAGCAUGCAUGGUCCCAUUGAUGGAGAAGCUGCACGCCCUGGGUUACACAAUGCAUUGCCAGCAAAUGGCAUCGGUCGGCAAUCCCAGCCCGCCUAGCGACCUCAGUGAAGACAUUAGGGUUCUUCGGCGCACAGUGGAAGAAGCCAUUGGACAAGGCAACGAUGUCAUUGUUGCCCCUCAUAGUUGGGGCGGCGUGGUAACAGGCACUGGGCUCAAGGACCUGAGCAAGGGAGAGCGCGAGGCCCAAGGGCUCAAAGGCGGCGUCAUCAGAAUAGCGUUCAUGACGAGUUUUGUCCUGCCUGAGGGUGUCAGUCUCAUGCAAAGGACGCACAACAUUCCUUCGCCCACCUUUGUUCCCACUGGUCCAAAUCUCACCUGCACAACACCCGAGCUUUUUUACAACGAUCUCUCCGACGAGGAGCAGAAGCAUUGGUCUGCGGGUCUGAGGUCCCAGGGCAUCGCUUCAUUCACCACACCGACGACGUAUGCGGCAUGGAAACAUAUUCCGAGUAGCUAUCUGCUUUGCCAGGACGAUUUGGCGCUACCCCCGGCUGUGCAGGAGGAGAUGGUCAAGGCGGCGGAAGAGGCGGGCGCAAUUAUGCAUGUUACGAGGAUUAAGAGUGGGCAUAGUCCUUUUUUAAGCAGAGUGGAUGAGACGGCCGAGUGGAUUCAGCGUGUUGCGGGAGAGACGCUGGCGUAG